AUGGGGUUGGAAACUUUCAAGGAGUGGUUGAGAGGAUACAAGGCGCACUACACACCUAUUGCUACCACCACCGACAAUGGGGAGCAAAGUACAAGCAGAUCCCCGGCUUGGCGGCUCGUCUGGGCGACGCUUCCCGGACUGAUCCUCGCCGGUACCUUCUGCUUGGUCUUGGCGGUCACCUUGACGACGUUGUCGCGUCCGUUGUCGUCAUCAUCGUCGGCCUGUCAGAACCCAGUCAUCCGCCAGGAAUGGCGCGCCUUGACGCGGGCGGAGAGACUCGAGUUCAUCCGUGCCGUGAAUGCGCUCGCAGAGGUUCCUUCGCGGUGGCGGGAAAACGGCACCGUGUACGAUGACUUUGCCGUUCUGCACGGAGCGAUCGGAUCAUGGGGUGAGUCGGACCCUUCCCGCUCCCAUGCGGCUGCCCCCUCGUGUCGCACCGAGACUUACGACGCCGCUGAUGAAAUCUCGGCUCCAGCUCACCGUUCGGCGUCCUUUCUCCCGUGGCACCGGUACACGCUCAUCCUCUUUGAGGACGCCCUCCGCGAGCACGCCGGCUUCGCAGGCCACGUCCCUUACUGGGACUGGUCUCUCGACUGGAUGGAUCUCGCCAACUCGUCCAUCUGGAGCACCGACGACGGCUUCGGCGGCGACGGCGACGCGCGCGGACCAGUGGUGGUCGGGGACGGACGCUGCGUCGUUGACGGGCCCUUUGCACAUCUCCUCCCGAUCCUGUACAACCACACCUUUGCGCGGCACUGCCUGUCGCGCGGGUUCCACGACGGCGCGACCAUGGGCCGCCUGUCCGGCGAGGCGUACAGGCCGGAGAAGAUGGGCGAGAUCCUGCGGGAGCCCACCUACCACGGGUUCAGGCGGCAGCUGGAGAUUUACCUCCACGGCGCGCUGCAUCAGGGGGUCAACGGAGACUUUAAAGCCAUGACGGCUGCAAACGGUCAGUAUCCUUGGUAUCAUCCCGUCGGUCCGAGUCGCUCACGCUGUGGCAUAGAUCCUCUCUUUUAUGUGCACCACGCACAGCUGGAUCGGACGUGGUGGCGCUGGCAGCAAAUGUACCCCCGCACACGACUGCUCGAGUACGAGGGGAGGCACAUGUUCAAUUCUACCGGGAACGCAACGCUGAAUGACGAGUUGCUGUAUGGGAGCUUUGCCGCCAGUAUACCCGUGGCCAAGGUCAUGGAUACCGAAGGGGGCUUCCUCUGCUACAAGUACUGA